GAUUAUUAUUGAGAUCUUCUCUCUCUCUCUCUCUCUCUCUCUCUCUGAUGCGUUGCGGCUAGGGUUUCACCGAACCCUCCUGGCACUCUCUCUCUACUUUUUUUGUAUCGGCAACUGUGAGUGAGGGCUCAGAUCUGUGUAUAUGGAGUCCAGGGCCGUGAAGUGGGGGAACUAGCGGCAGUCAGGAAGCGUGCACGCUCAGACUUCGUUUGCUCGGGGCUUAGGAAAUGGCGACCACGAAUCCUUUCGAUUUGCUGGGCGACGAUGACAACGAGGAUCCCUCACAGUUGGUCGCAGCAGCUCAGAAGGUAGCGCCGAAGAAGACGCCGGCUCCGACGCAAGCCCCGGCUGUUCGGCCGUCCAAGCCGGUUAAGCUGCCCUCCAAGCCUCUCCCUCCAGCAGAAGCUGUUAGGGAGGCAAAGACUGAAGGAGGCCGUGGUGGAGGCCGUGGUGGUGGACGUGGAUAUGGGCGUGGUCGUGGUGGAUUUAAUAGAGAUUCUUUCAACGAGAAUUUCAGCAGUAGUGGGAUUUCUGGUGGUCAAGGUGGUACCGAGGAAACUGAUACUGGGAAACCUCUUGAAAGGCGUGGUGGAUAUGGUGGACCGCGUAGUCCUUUCCGGGGUGGUCGCCGUGGUGGUUUUGGUAAUGAAGAAGCAGAAGGGGAACGCCCCCGUAGGGCAUUUGAACGCCGCAGUGGUACUGGACGAGGAAAUGAGCUCAAACGUGAAGGAUCUGGUCGAGGAAACUGGGGAACUCCAACUGAUGAAAUUGCUCCAGUGACUGAGGAAGUUGUGAAUGAAGGUGAGAAAAAUUUGGAUGUCAAGAAGCCCUCUGGAGAGGAGGAUGUCACAGAUGCCAACAAGGAGAGCCCUGCUGUUGAGGCUGAAGAAAAAGAACCUGAGGAGAAGGAGAUGACACUUGAACAGUAUGAAAAGUUGCUGGAAGAGAAGAGGAAGGCAUUGCAGGCCCUCAAGACUGAGGAGAGGAAGGUAGACGUUGACAAAGACUUUGCAUCCAUGCAACAACUCUCAAGCAAGAAGGACAAUACUGAUAUCUUCAUUAAACUGGGCUCUGAUAAGGAUAAACGGAAAGAAAUUGCUGAAAAGGAAGAGAAAUCCAAGAAGGCCGUCAGCAUUAAUGAGUUCCUGAAGCCUGCUGAAAGAGAGAGGCACUAUGGUCGUGGUCGAGGACGUGGCCAUGGUCCAAGAGGACCGUAUGGUGGAGGUAAUACAGUGAGCAAUGUGGCAGCCCCAAAAAUUGAAGAUCCCGGGCAGUUUCCAACCUUAGGUGCCAAGUGAGAUAUAUCUAGUGCCUCGCCCACAGUUUAUUUGAAUGCAUCUUCUAAUCUUCCGAACCUGAGUCUUGAGUGGUGGGGAAUUGACUGGAAUAAUGGAGUUUGAUAUGUAUCAUCUAGAAGUCUUGAUGCCCGUAAAAAUGUAAAGCUCCAGUGUUCCCAUGUAGUAGCCUCCUUCCCCUUGCUGGUAUUUUAUAAUGUUCUUGCGCUUUGAAAUUUUGGGGCAUGAAAAAGUAACUUGUGACUUUAAAUUGUUGUUGCUCAGUUUUGUUUUGAAUAGAUUGAAGAAGACAGAGACUUAGUUCU